AUGCCCUGUUUACCGACUGUACGAGACGGACUGACGAGGCGUUUCCGCUGGACUGUAGGUAGCGGUUUGCCCCGUGACUCUUCCAUCUGCGAACUCAGUCGCGGCAAUCUGGCUUCGGCUCCCCCCCUCUCUCUCCAACUGUUCAGUUCUCAAGUCAAGGAGGAAGUGCUUCCUGAUCUGUCGCGGUCAUCUUUUAGUGGAGAACACACAAAACUUGCCUCGGGCUCUAACGGCGAGCAGCCUUCGCAUCCCGAUGUUUGCUUCCUCUUCCUGCUUCCUCUCUCUCGCCAACAAGAAAACAUGACGGCGCCGAUGCUGCUUCUUACCGAGUUGACGACGUCCCGAGGGGCGUUCUGGUUCUUCUCCCCUUCUAAGCCAACUUAUGAAGAUCAUACCAAAAAGCAAAAGAGUACAUACAACACCAGGUAUUCGCUGGUCGUCACCGACCCAACUACUAAUCCGGCCCUCACUGGCUUAUCUAUGGGAGAGCGGACGGGAUCCCGAGUUCUCCAGUGGGUAUGGUCGUAUGUGCCAGAGAAACGCCAUAAAACUACUUAUAUUGGUGAUGGCGGUGGCACUGUGAUGGCUUCCGUGGUAGCUAUCCACUCCAACGGCGUGUUGGGCGGAAGACCCGUGAUGCCGAUCCAGUGCGCCUACUUUGAGAUGGAAAACCUUCCUGGACCGGAGAAUCCGGCCAUGCGUGAGCUUGGUCUCAGCUGGUAA